AUAGGUAUAGAGAAUGAAGCACAACCUGUCAAACCACGCGGAAAACUCUCUUCAUGAUUUAUGUCUAUUGAGAUUCAGUUGUUGUUUACCUACUGUCUAAAUGCUGAGCAAGGCCAGAACUAGGCGAGCUUGACAGCAUGCAAUGUCUGCUUUGUCACUUGGGAAAAUAAGUACGCAUCUAAAGAGGAGGAGUGGACUUGAAUGCAGAGGACAGCGAAAUCUUUGUAUAAACGUAUUGGAUUUGAGGAUGACCAGUCGUUCUGGAGGCAUGGAGUGUAGAGGGGAGCAGUUGAUGGAUGAGUGAGCAAGUAAUAUGAGGUCCUGAAACAAGUAUCGUGCUACCUAAUUGCGAAUUGAUAUUGGUUUGUUGUUGUUGUUUGAUAUUGAAAGCCAUAGGUGCAAACCUCGCUACGGCAGCCCAAACAAUCCACCACCGAAAGGCUGAAGAUUUCGGCUCAAGAAAAAUAUUCGACGAGGCUGCCAACCCCUCAACACCAUGUCUCGAUAGCCCCAAUCCUCACCGCAACCACGCACUCUCUACCUACUCUGGAUUCUCCGAUUCCAGACCAUAUCAUGCAUUCCCUCGUCGAACCUAACGCUUGGGUAGUUCUCCGCCUCCCAUCAGAUACUCUCAAAAUCCUUCAAAUAGCACCCAAUACUAUCGUAUCACUAGGGAAAUACGGCACAUUCUCCUCGAAUCUCCUCCUCGGCAGACCUUACAACAAAACUUACGAGCUUCUCGACCGCGCCGCCGGACAAAAAGAUUCAGAUCUUCGCAUCGUCCCCGCAGCAGAACUACACGCCGACACGGUAGCAGAGGAGCAAGCUGCUGCCAAUUCGAGCAAUGGCGCAGGUCAAGAUGAGAAUGUCACAAUUGGAGGCGAUGGAGUGGAGUUCCAGCUCGUGGGUGAGAAUGGCGAGGUGAUCAUGCGGUCAAAUCGAGAGACUAUCGAUGAUGCUGCACAGCAGACUUUGACUAUGGAGGAAAUUGAGGAAUUGAAGCGCGAAGGUACGGGUGCAGGGAAGGACUUGAUUGCAAAACUCAUGGCGAGUCACCUGGGUAUUGAGCAGAAGACAGCGUUCAGUUUAGCGAAGUACAAGUUAUUGAAGACGAAGAAGUAUCUGAGGAGGUUUACGGUCCUGCCGGUGGAUGUCCCGAUGCUGAUCAAGUGGGUGAUGGAAGAGAAAGAUGCAGGCAAGAUUAUGGAGAUGAGAGAGGAGAUGUGUGCAUUGGUGGGAAGUUGGGCGAAUGUGCAUUUCUCGGAGGGGUUAGAUGGUGUGAUGGGAGGGAGAUGGUUGGUUGUUGAUGAGACGGGAGGAUUACUGGUUGCUGCUCUGGCAGAAAGAAUGGGGACAUUAAAUCCUCCAUCAGAUUCAACUCAGAAGACAGUGCAAGGAGACGACCAAGAAAUCGAAGCAGAAGAAGAAUCAACAAAACCAACUUACCACGACCCACCACUCGCAACCUCCAACACCAUUACCCUCAUUCACAACAACGCACAACCUAACCUCAGCCUCCUAAAAUACUUCCACUACGAUCCAACGACCUCAACACCAACACACCCCAACCACCCUCUAGCCACCCACCUCCACCCCAUCUCCUGGCUUCAACUCAUCGACCCCUCCCAAGACACCACCUACUCCACGCCCAUCACACCCCUCUCACCCACCAGCCUUUCAAGUCUCAAAUCCGGCAAACGAGGAACAUACUACCGCAAACUCCGCCGCCACAACCGCGUGACCUCAAUCGUAGACUCCACCCUCGCCGGCGGCUUCGACGGUCUAGUAGUCGCCAGCCACAUGGACCCGAUCUCUAUCCUCCAACACACAAUCCCUCUAUUACGAGGCGGCGCACAAGUAGCUAUCUACAGCCCCACGAUCGAAUCCCUCGUCAAACUCUCAGACGCAUACAGCACGAGCAGACGUACGGCAUUCAUCCAAUCACCACCUGAAUCUUUCCUCUCUCUCUCAUACAUCGCCGCGGACGACUCACCGUCCACUCCUCAACCCACCUCAAACACUCCCCUCAAGCCUCAAAUAUCACAGACCCAAACCUCCUGGCCCGGCAACGCAGACUUCCCUCUAAACCCCACCCUCCUCCUAAACACAGCUGUACAAUCCGCCCGCAUCAGAGAAUGGCAGGUCUUACCCGGACGCACGCAUCCCGUUAUGACAGGACGUGGUGGUGCAGAAGGGUAUCUAUUCACAGGCGUGAGGGUUAUUCCUGCGCAGGGUCGGGUCGAGGCGAGAGGGAAGUUUGCAAAGAAGAAGGUCGAUAAGGUGGUUGGGAAGGGGGAGAAGGGGGUGGUGGAGAAUGGGACUGGAAAUGGAAAUUCGAAGGACGAGGUUAGGGAGGAGGUGCCGAUGGAUGUUGACAUUGGGAAGAGAGCCAACGAGGGUGAGGAGGAAGAGAUGAGCCCUCCGAAACGUGUGAAGCUGGAUGCUCAGCUGGCGAGAGAGAUAUGAUCACUCCAUUGCGCACUUCGACAGUGUCACAUCUCGCUUAAUCGAGUUUCUGACAUCCAUCGACAGAAACAAUGGCCGAGCUCAGAUCAGAUCAGAUCAGAUCAGGGUCACGCCGUCAGCCUGCUAGAGGCGUAGACGACGAUGACAGGUUAGCUAGCUAUGCUUUCAAACUCAGCACGCAGACACGAACCCAUUCCCCAAGACUAGUCGACCUCCGCCUACUACGUUGUACCUACCAUCUGUAAACCCAGCUUAGCUUACCUAGAUCUAUAAGGAGCUCAGACUAGGCGGGCAGAGAAGGAAAGCGAAGUCCUAGUCAGAAUCUUCGAAGCAGAUUAAGCACGAGAAAGAAAGAAGGAAAAGAAAAAUGAGAAAAAAAUAUCCAAUAAACCCAAAACAAAUCGAGCUAGUAAUGCCUACUUACCUAGCUUAUCUAUCUAGAUAGGUAGUGCCAGAAACCAAAAGUGUGAGCUACGCUACUACGCAGCACUAUGAAACGAACAAAUGUGAACAAGCAGAGUCCCCUAGGAAAUGAUACAGAUUGAACUAAAUA